AUGCCAGUCCCGCCUCCACCUCCUCCUCCUCCUCCCCCCACACUUGCUGUGGAAGGGACAUCCUCUCUGUGUGUAAAAUCUCCAGACCAGCUCUUGGUGGCCUUCAGACCAAACUACCUCUGCCACUACCUCAAGGAGUUUGCCCAGCACCUUUACUAUCCACCCCCCAAUCUCCCUCCCUGCCUGCCAGACACCCAGGCCUUCCACUUCCCAGAGCCCAGAACUCUCUCCAUCCUCCUCCGCUUCCCCACACUAGUCGUCCUCCACUACCCAGAUUCCUCAGUGUUCCUGCUGAGUGCUGCCCUCUGCUGGCAGCCAGGGAGAAAAAAGCCCUCUCGCCUUCCACAAUGGCCGCCACAGCCACCCGCUCUGCCCUGUAAGCCUGCUAACUUCACUGGGUGCCGAGCCAUCACUCACAGCGCCAAGCUGUCUCCUCUUCCCUGCCUGGCCCGGGAGCAAAACAACUCCCCAAGACCCCCCAAGAAGAGCCAGUCCUUUGCUGGAUAUGACCGCCCUCCUCCUGUGCGGUCUCGGCCUCUGCCACCUCUACCUAAUGAGCAAACUCUACCCGGUGUCAGCUUAGAAGCCACCUCAGGACCACCUCUCCCUCCUAACAAGCCAACCCUUAGAAGUCUGCAUCCAUUACCUGCCAUUGAGAAUAGUACUAUCAACCUCAAUGACCACACCACAGAUGUGUGGGAGAACAGGUUCACCUUCCACCCGGUGAUGGAUCUCCCUCUCCCUGAGGUAUAUGUUCCUGGACGCAAGACCUACCCCAGCAGUCUCUUCAAAAGAUAUGCAAAAGGGAAAAGGGAGAGAGGGUCUCCUCCUCUAGCUCCAGUUAUAAGAUGAAAUGAUGUCCUUUUUCAAAUGUGCAUUAUUUUGGGUUUUAUUCAUUCUUUACUACAUCUCAACUGUCUUUUCCAUGUUGAGAAACAAAACAUUGUAGUGUUUUUCCAAAUGAUUUAUUAAAAUUAAUCUAAUUUGUAUAUUUCCAUUCAGUCAAUCCAAGUAGAUCUAAAUGACACAUGCAUAGCAUAUAUUUG